GUACUUCAACGGCUGACGAUCACUUCUCCACAUCUUGGUGAGCGUCGCAGGCUGAGACAGGCAGUCAGGUAGUGUGGUCGAGCUUCAAACACGAUCACACGUAUGGACCGGCGCCCGUAGCGACCUGCGGGACUACUCUGUGCUCCUCCUCGCCACCGACGAGCCUGUUUCGGCAUCUUUCUGUGGGAGCUGCCGCUCUCUCUCCAGACUGCGUAAGGCCUCCCCGGUUGAAGAGGAGAAAAGUGGGGCUUGGUGAGGCGAAGGCGGUGGCGGUGAAGUGUCCUCGAUGGCAGGCUGGAAGGACGGCUCGGUGCAGGAGAAGUACCGAUUGGUCGUGGUCGGAGGCGGCGGGGUGGGCAAAUCGGCCCUGACGAUCCAAUUUAUUCAGUCCUACUUUGUCACAGACUAUGACCCCACAAUUGAGGACUCUUACACCAAGCAGUGUGUGAUUGAUGAAAGGGCAGCCAGACUGGACAUUUUAGACACGGCUGGACAGGAAGAGUUUGGAGCCAUGAGAGAACAAUACAUGAGGACAGGGGAGGGCUUCCUUCUCGUCUUCUCCGUCACUGACAGAGGAAGCUUUGAAGAAAUUUACAAAUUCCAAAGACAAAUUCUGCGGGUCAAAGACAGAGAUGAAUUCCCAAUGAUCCUCGUAGGGAAUAAAGCCGAUCUGGAGCUGCAGAGACAAGUAACUCAAGAAGAGGGCCAGCAGUUGGCUAGACAGUUGAAGGUCACCUACAUGGAGGCUUCAGCCAAAAUCCGUAUGAACGUCGACCAGGCUUUCCACGAGCUGGUUAGAGUAAUAAGGAAGUUCCAAGAACAGGAAUGUCCACCGUCGCCAGAACCGACAAGAAAAGAGAAAGACAAGAGCGGGUGCCAUUGUGUGAUCGUCUGAGUUAGCCUUAUCACUGUAACUCACGCUGCUACUCUCAAUUGCCCCGCCCACUCUGCCUGACAUCACAUCCCGGCGUGGAUGACUGACCGCUGCCUUCUCCACCACGUUGCAUGACACCAGACAGCUGCGCUCCCCAUCUCUCGGUUACUUGGACUCGGGGUCGCUGUGCCCAAAACGUGACUAUGAACGAGUGACAAUGCCAAAAUUAAAACAAAACACCACUCUACCUUCAACCAUAGCCCAAUUGGCAUGACUAAAAAUUGCCUUCUAAAUCAGCCUGACCAAUUCAUCUUUUGUACUCGGAAGGACUUCUCUUGCCUUGUAGUGAUUUGUACUUGCUGCCGAGAAUGAAUGAAACAAACAUAUAUAUACGUGUGUGUGUGUAUAUAUAUAUAUAUAUAUACAUAUAUAUAUGUAUAUAUAUGUAUAUAUAUAUGUAUAUAUAUAUGUAUAUAUAUAUGUAUAUAUAUAUAUACGGAAUGUUAACAAGUUCCUUUCAAGUGUCUGACAAAGCAAAGAGAUUAUUUUAUGAAAGCUUUGUGUGUUGUGCCAUCUUUCUCUCAUGUGCUAAUCUGCUACUGUACAUAUGUGAGAUUUCUCGUGAUUUUUAAAGUGUAUUUCUAAUGACUAUUAAAUCACCACAGUACAGUGUGUGAGGGUUGGUUUUGCAUAUAUGAAAGUGACCAUUUAAUGAUGUGUAUAUAUAAAUGAUGCUGAGACAAGCCCUUAAAACAACAGUUAUACAACUUUUAGAUUCUUUAUUUUUUUUUGUGGCUUCUGCUUCCAUCUCAAUUGCUAAAUAUAGAAUGUCUGAAGUCCAUCCAUCCAUUUUCAACACUAUUUAUCAUGUACAGGGUCGCGGGGGGUGCUGGAGCUUAACCCAGCUGACAUCGCGGAAAAGGCAGUCUACACCCUGAAGUCUUAUCGGUAGUAAGAUCCUCCCAUCCCAUUCUUCUUUCCAGGUGGUAGUUUAGUCAACAUGAUCAAAAUGAGAGGUCACAUGUCCUUGACGUCAAAAGCGAUAUGUCUAGAUUUGACCACUAACGUCAAAGCAAAACGAUUUCACCACUUGGUUGAGUUUAUGAACAUAACUUUUAAAGUCCCUGUAAAGUGAAAAUAGAUGUUUAAGUAAAGUCAGAGAUGUAUAAAAUGAGACGCUGUCGGUUUGUCCCUUGAAUGCCCUGAGACAAUGUCCCGCUCAACUGUCAAUCAAAUGCCUCUUUCAGGACCAUUAAAAAUGAAAGCCACCUGCAAUGGUGCUCAUGUUUAUCUUCAGUGUUGAGUGUGGGGUGAUGAAUAUGCUACACAAGGUGAAUUUUUUUAAAUCAUCUUCAAACGUAAUCUCUGAAUCCACUUUACAGGGUCUUUACAAUUCCAUCUUAAUGUAACAUGUCUGAGCAACAUUUAGUCAACAAAACCGAUGAGUCAUUCCAGUAACACGAGGGAUUCUUUGUAGCCUAUCCUUAAGUAACCAUGUUGAUCUGUAAUUGUUUUACCCCUCAGUGAAUUUCUGUUGGAAGAAAAACAGCAUUAAUGUGCUCAGCAGUGCCACAUGAACUCAAUGGACCUGCCACCUGUGGCUUCAUGUUCAGUACACACACACAAACACACACAACGAAAUUCUACUCUGCCUUCUCUACUGUUGUUGUCUUUCAUAUCAGCUUGUUUUUGAAGAUCAAGAAAAUUAGAUGAUGGUAGUAACAGGCUUGAUUAACUGUUUAUACUUUUAUACAUGAUUUUCUUAACUACUGUAGGAGGCAAUCUAUUAUUUUUUUGUGAAUAUGUGUAAAGCGGAGUAUUUAAUUAUCCUGGUUGUUCAAAGAUAACAUUGCCCCAGGUUUAGCCAAAUUGGAUUCUUAAUCAAAAAUACUUAUGAGGCUUACAAAUGCAGGUUGUAUUUAUCUUCCCGAUAGAGAAUGAAAUGCCAUGCCAGCUACGAAGGGCCCUGGCGCGCAUUGGCGCUUAAAUGGGCUCCAAAAAUGAACAUUUUCUAACUGCUGACAUUUAAAGCACCCAUUGUGGUAAAAAUGCUUAUGUACAUCGCAUCGUACUGAUUUGUUUCCCAUAGGAAUGUCUUUUGACUUGUGUUGAGCUUUUUUGGUGCUGAAAUAAAACCUCUCAUUGAGCCAGAA